AUGGGGGCCGAGGGAAAGAGGGCGCGGGUCCGGGCGCCCAGUGGUUGGGGGGGUCGCCGACUGAGGAGAGUGCCCCGGCCCCCGCCGCCAUUCCUCCCGGUCGCGGCUCGGCGCCUCAGGCCUCUCGCCCGGCGCCUGAGCUCGGCCGCCGCGGCCCCAGUCACUGCGACACCGCGGCUCCGGGUCGGGCCUGCGCCGCCGCCGCCGCCUCCCCUCAGCCCCGGCGCCGCCGACAACUCACCCGCAUUUCCCGGCUGCCUAAAUGGCUCCGGCGACGUCUCCACCUGGUCGCUGGGCCCGGCCCCGGUUAAAUCCCCGUCCCGCCAAGGUCUCGCCGCGUCCCUCAGCCGCCGGGGCUGCCCCGCCUGGAGCUGCGUGCGACACGGCUCCCGCCUCCUCCUCCUCCUCCUCCGGGCCCGCCCGCCGGCCCUCCUCCCGCCGCUGCCGCCGCCGCCGCCGCCUGCACCACGCAACCUCCGCCCUCUCGCCUUCCCUCCGCCGCUCCCCGCCCUCCCGGCCUCACCGGCUCCGGCUCCCGCGGUGGAGAAGCUGGUGGGGGAGGGCCGGAACGCUCCGCCAUCGGCGUCCGGGGCGGGGGAGCCGGGAAACCGUCGCCGCCAUCUCCCCACCAGCCCCGCGGAGCGGGAGGGGCCCGGAAAGCUCCCGCCCGCCGUGCUCUGGCCCCGGGUUCUCCCCACCCCGCCCGCCGCCCCGCGCCGCCGAGGCCCCGCUCGCGGGGCUGCUCUCUACCUGAAAAGCCCGCGGGCCCCUGGCCGUGGACGCCGCGCCCUCCCCGGACGGGCGCACCGGAUCCUCGUCCAGGUUUUACAGCCUCCCUGGCCUUGGGGGCCGCCUCUGAGGACCCGGCUUCCCGCCACUUUGGGCCGAACGAGGGUGGGGGUGGUGGUCACCUUCCUAGGUCGGGGCCCCAGCCUGAGGAGAAACCGGUCCGAAACACCCCGGAGCAGAGGGUCUCACACGCCCGCCCUCCCCCGCUUCUGCGCGCACACACACACACACACCCUCAACCGACGCGGAUCACAACUACACCCGCUGGAUCUACCUCCCCGGCCGGGAGGAUAACCAAAAGCCAUAACCCGACCGGCUGAUAAAAGUCAGAGAUGGGCGAGUGACCCUGAAGGGCUGGCGCAGCAGACUCCAGAGAAACGUGUCGUCCAUUCUCGUCCAUUCUCUUGAACCCCAGGACACCUGCGGCCUCGUGGAUCGGCACCUCAAAGUCCCGGCUCCUCGGCGCCUCUCUGUCUCUCUCAAAUCGGUUCGGAGAUCAAAUCAAAUUAGUUUCCCUCAUUAAACUCUUUAACCCACUCUUUUUUGAACAAACGUCGACAAAGACUUACUUUACCAUUAAUCUCUGUAAAGAUAAAUGAAGAAUGGAAUUGAAGAUCUUACAUAUAUGAAUGGGAUGAGGUAUGACUAUUGAAUAGGACUGUUUUCACCAGUGCUGCGGAGUCAUUCGUCGCAUUCAUCUGAAAUUAACUCACAAUGGACAUGAGUUGGAGCAGACUCCGGGAGAUGGUGAAGGACAGAGAAGCCUGGCAUGCUGUAGUCCAUGCUGCUGCAAAGAGUUGGACAGGACUGAGCAACUGAACAGCAACAAAUGUCCUAUACUUCUAAAUACUCGAAGCUUAGAUGUACUUAACUUUCUCAUGGGCACAUGGGAGGACUGAAGGUAAAAAUGGAAGGCUUGUACAUAUAUAUGUACACAUAUAUGGGAGACUGCACAUAUAUGGUUUCUCUGAGACCCUCACUUCCGUGUGCUUUCCCCAGAGGACAGGCUAGCUCAUCUCCCGUUUCCCUAACCUGUCCUCUCCCAUCUCAUCAUUCAAUAUGGUCAUCCUGUCUGUGACUCACCACAGCUAACACUUGAGUUGAAUGGGUCAACUUUCCCUUUGCUGUUUGUUUCUUCCAACUUCUGUUUUUCCUUAAUGGAAGGAUUUAGUUCAUCUCUACCUUCCUCUCCACUUCUCAUUGCCUCAGUUCCCGGUUCUUAACUUCUUCCAGCCUUUACUCUCCGCUCAUCUGCACUAUUAUUCUUAGCUCUAAGGCUGCACCAUUGACUUUUAUGUCCACUUCAUAACCAGGUUGCGUCUGUACCACUUCUGCUCUGCACAGGUUACCUUGCCUCCUACCUAACCAUUUAUUCUCUUUCCACUCCAAAACUUCUCCAUCUUCUCCCCGAUCUCAGCAAAACUGAUGUUGUCCCCCUGUCAGAUGACCCAGCAUUUGGAGGGGUAAUUAACUUAUAGACGUUAGAAUCAAAAUUCAAAAUAGUCUUGACUAGAAUAUUAGGUCAAAACCUAGGAUAAAAUAUAACUUUGCAAACCUAAAACAAUAUGAUGAAGUUCAAAAAGCCCACGUUUUAAAUUUAAGCAGACCUCAGUUUAUAUUCAAAUUCAAACUACCAUCUUUUGUCUUGGUUAAGCCAACUUAAAGGGGAUUAAAAUACUUAGCUCAUUAGGUUGUUGUGAAGAGUAAUUCCUUCAUAGUCACAGCAUACUUCCUGAAACAGUGUUAGUCCCUAAUUCCUUCAUAAUCCCAGCAUACUUCCUGAAACAGUGUUAGUCCCUUUUUUUUCUUGUCUUCUGUACAGUUGAGAUUUACUGACCGCCCUAUUUGGUGGUUGAUAACGCUGACAUUUUCUAAGUCAUCAGUUCAGUUCAGCUCAGUUGUGUCCGACUCUGCAACCCCAUGGUUUCAAAGUCGUAUAGGCCUGAAAACAGUAUAUUGACCUGUGAACCUUGCAUCCCAGAGCUAGUCACCAUCCUAAAGAAAUCUUUUGUCUAUUUUGGCUCAGUCUGGGGACAUACAUUAUCAUCAUCACACUCACUUUCCAAAGAAAAACUUAAGACUCCAACAGUAGCAGUUUGACCCGAAUCACAGCUUAAUUGGUGGCAUAACCUGACACAGUGACUCCCAAGUGCGAGUCAAUCCAUUCCUUUACUACGAUGUUUCCCCACACGUGUAUCGUUCCUUUAACCUUCUGAAUGGUUUUCCUGGUUCUCAUCUCUGCUGUCCUUCCAGCCUGCACAGUGACUGAGCCCCACUGAUUCAUUCCAAACUGAAGCCUUCAUCAUUGAAUCUUUAUCCUUUCAAACUUUUCAGUGCCUCCCCACUGUUUAUAGGGUUCAGUCAAAACUCUGACCUCGUGCCUAAAGUUGACCAUAAUCUUGUCCUAACUUACUUUUCCAAAUUUUUUCCAGCCAUUUCCCAGAAGGAACCCUCAACUUCAUCCCGUCCUAUUAAACCUACUGUUGGCCCACAAAUACCUGCCUUGAAUCACCAUUUGUGAACACUUCCUUCCCUUUGUUCCUGAAACAAACAGAAAUGGUCCCUCCUCUUUUCCUUCAUCUGCAAAUCACCCUCACUUUUUCAUGUCCAGCUCACAUCCACUUCUGGAAGCCUACUUUGUGGAAGCCUACUUUGUACCUUCUGCACAGGGUUUUGUGGAUUCUUCCAACUGCCAACCUCUUACAUGCGCCGUUAAAGGAGGCAGUCCUUGGUCAGGCGUUAUUUCCACCAGACGCCUCAGUAUUGUGCCUGAAGAACAGGGAACAGUGUUCCAAAAUAGCUGUUUACUAGUCAAAUCUGAAAGGGUACCAUGUCACUUGAUGAGCCCUCUGACCUAUUGUUUCCAAGAUGUGAGUAAGGAACUAGCCAUCCAGAGCAAAUUAAAUUCAUUUAACAAGAGAGUUCCCAAA